AUGGAUGCCUCUGGAUCUGCUAACAGCCAUCAGAUUCGAAACAAGAGACUUGCAAAACUUCAGCAGUCUCAGCCUUCAGCCCAGCCGGCCUCGCAAGACCCUACAGACUCGAGUCAGGAUGGCACAGAGCUCGUUCCGGGCUCUCAAGAAACCACUAAGCCCGCUAGUACUCCCCAGACGCCCACUCCCACUGAGUCUCCCAAACCAGCCAUGAAUAUAGCAAAGGCUCCAUCGCCUCCCCCACCUUCUCGAAUACAUAUCACUUCUGCCGCUAUCACCCCUCAGAAACGAGAGAUGAAUGGCUCCGAGAGACCCAGUCCCAGACAAAAUGAGUCUAUUGAACAGUGGGAAGACCGGACUCUGCGAAAUCUCUUCCGGAUUACCCUGGACCCUGAUCAGAAGAAGGACCAACAUGGACAAGCUUUGCAUCCGGUGUCACAACUCAAAGAAGAGCUGGAGUCCGAGAACAAGCCUGUUCUUUUGACCACCGAAAUACUCGAGCAGGCUAUCAUGGAGGCGGGCUCUGCACUCAAUAGACUCACUCCGCAUGACUGGCUACUUGGAUGUUGGAAACGGACAACUCGAAUGACCAAGGCAGUAAAGGAUCGCUCACCCGAGAACAAGAAGUGGUCCAUUCUCUCAGAGGCAAGGAGAUUAUGUAUGAAUUGGUGCAUAUUGUCCAUCACCACCCCAGACAUCUUUGGAGUCGCUUACGACGGCAUCGAUGCCCUCGCCGACCAUCUACUAAAUGAUCCUGAUGAUGACGGUGGUGUAUGUCAGGACUUCAUCAAUGAAGCCGUUUCUAGAUUUGAGGAAGACGAGUCUAUCAAGGAGGCAUUCGUCAGUGCGGUUGAGGCUCUCAGCCGACGACUGGCCAAAGAGACUAUGAUUUCUGACUAUCGACGCUAUACUGGAAUGUUGCGGCAUCUAAUCAGAUACAAGCCUAUCGCGAUAGCUAUUUCUCAGUCAUCAAUGUUUGUCGAUAAGUCUAUUCCAGCUGCACAAUUGGAAGUCGCCUCCCUACUCGGGCCCUAUUUUCAGAUCUCCCCACUACAAGCUGACGUUACAAAAUCAUACUUCUUCGAGCCCAAGACCAUGGAUCCUGGCAAAAUUCGGAAUUCCCAAAACUCGUUACAGUUGGCUCUGAGAACUCAUCAAGAUGAUCUCUUCGAUAUAGUCAAUACACUCGUUCGAUCUUCUCCCGAAGCUCGAGAGCGUGUCUUAGAUUGGUUUGCUCUCACCGUCAAUUCAAAUCACAAACGUAGGGCAAUGAGAGUUGAUAAGACAACUGUCUCCAGUGAUGGUUUCAUGGUCAACAUCAAUGUUGUCCUAGAUAAGCUGUGUGAACCCUUCAUGGAUGCCCAGUUUUCUAAGAUUGAUCGUGUUGAUGUUCGAUAUCUUCGAAGAGAUCCUAGGAUCGACAUCAAAGAUGAGACGAAGAUCAACUCCACUCAAGAACAAUCCGACGAAUUCUAUGAACACAGGGCGGAAGGCACCAAUAAUUUCAUCUCCGAGUUGUUCUUCUUGACUGUUGCUUCUCACCACUAUGGUAGUGAAGCCGCUCGAAACAUGCUCAAGGACAUGGAUCGAGAGCUGAAGUAUAUGGCCAAACAGAUCGAGCAAUUUGAGACCGAGAGACAUAAGUAUAUCAACAAUCCCGUCCAACUUCAAAUGUUUGAGAAUGCGCUCAAGAAAUACAAAGACCAACAUGACAAGGGGUUGGCUUACAAGUAUUCUGUACAAGGGGUGCUUCUGGAUGAAGUUUCCCAGACACGUUCUAUGCAAUUCAUGCGUUUUGUUACUGUCUGGUUGCUUCGACAGGUGUCCGCUCAUAAGCAAUUCCCAAGUCAACCAAUGACGCUACCUCUUCCGAAUGAACAACCAGCGGACUUCAUGAAUCUGCCCGAAUAUUUUUUGGAUAUUAUCAGCGGAAGUUUCGGUUUCAUCAUGUACAACAUGCCACAAGUCAUCUCUCCCACGCAAUCUGAUGAGCUAAUCAUGCUCUGUAUCACCUUUCUACGCAAUUCCGAAUAUAUCAAAAAUCCAUAUUUAAAAGCCUCUUUGGUUACAAUCCUCUUCCGAGGUACUUGGACGUGGCGGCAGGGAGGCAGGGGGAUUCUAGCAGACCAGUACAAUAGCAUGCCCUUCGCUACGGAGAAUCUGCUACACUCUCUCAUGCAGUUCUUUAUUGAAGCCGAGUUUAUGGGUGGCCACGGCCAGUUUUUCGACAAAUUCAACGUGCGAUUCGAGAUCUUCCAGAUUAUUAAAUGUAUCUGGUCGAACACUGUGUACCGCGAACACCUUCUCAAGGAAGCAAAAGCCAACAUAGAGUUUUUUGUUCGAUUUGUCAACCUCCUUCUCAAUGAUGUCACAUUCGUUCUUGACGAGUCCUUCACUUCCUUUCACCAGAUCUAUGAUCUUUCAAAAGAAUUGUCUCUCGCGGGUACAACACUGGAUCAACAACAGCGCCAGGAGAAAGAAGAGGCUCUGGAAGCAGCAAAGGGGAAAGCCAAAUCCUACAUGCAGUUGACCAAUGAAACUGUGGGUAUGUUGAAAUUGUUCACUGAAGCUCUGGCAGAUGCGUUCACAAUGCCCGAAAUCGUGCAGCGAUUGGCUGAUAUGUUGGACUACAACCUCGAUGCAAUGGUUGGACCGAAAAGUACGUCGCUCAAAGUUGACAAUCUUCAGGAAUACAAUUUCCAGCCCAAAGUCCUCCUAAGCGAGAUCGUCGAUGUGUACCUCAAUCUCAGUGAGAAGGAGAACUUCAUCCUUGCGGUUGCCCGAGAUGGAAGGUCUUACAAACCCGACAAUUUCUCCUCUGCUGGAAGUAUACUACGCAAAUUCGUGCUCAAGGGGCCUGAGGAGUUGACACGGUGGAGUAAGUUGAUCGAGAAGUUCGCCAAAGCCAAGGAAGAAGAUGAAGCCGUGGAUGCCGAUCUCGGCGAUAUUCCAGACGAAUAUCUUGAUCCUCUGAUGUACACACUCAUGGAGGAUCCGGUCUUGCUGCCGGUCAGUAGAAUUGUGAUCGAUCGGAGUACGAUCCGCAGUCAUCUGCUAAGUGACCCGCACGACCCUUUCAAUCGUGUACCACUGAAGAUUGAAGAUGUCAUCCCAGCAACGGAUAUAAAAGAGAAGAUCGCCAAAUUCAAGGACGAGAAGAUCGGUGGCCGGCGCAAGGACUUUGUUGAGACAGUAAAGGCCGAGGGAGCGACCUCCAGCGUACCUGCUGGUGUCGAGUCUUCUGGGGAAUCCAUGGAUACCAGUCAAUGA